CUCCCCCACGCGCUUAGACUCUGAUGAAGCGAGCCGGAAUGUUACGUGCGGGUGCUGCGCGAGCGUGCCGCUACUGGAAAUGGUAGCAAAGAUGGCGACUCUAAAAGAGAAGUGCGGAUAUGGACUGUCCUGUGGUAGAUUAAUUCGCGGUAGCAAUGUAUCUGUCUUUCACGUUAAGUUGACAGACAGUGCUUUGCGAGCCUUGGAAGACUACUGGAAAUGCAAGGGUACUUUGGUUGUGCAGCCAGUAGUUCGCUUCCAAGGAAGUCAAGGGAGAAUCAUAAUUCCUCGACCAGAGGGUAAGAAUGAAUUACGGACAUUUACCUUCUACCUUUCCAAUGUUGGCAGGGAUAGUCCACAAGGGAGCUUUGACUGUGUCCAACAGUAUGUCACUAGCAGUGGCGAUGUGCAGCUGGACUGUUUGGGAAGUAUACAGGAUAAAAUUACUGUAUGUGCCACUGAUGACUCUUACCAGAAAGCCAGACAGAGUAUGGCACAGGCUGAGGAGGAGACACGUAGUAGAAGUGCAAUAGUCAUCAAACCUGGUGGCAGAUACUUGGGUAAAAGGAUACAGAUCCGUAAGGCACCAGCACCAGGGCUUUCAGAUGCUGUUCCUUCUAGGAAACGUCCAGUGCCUGUCAACCUCGCUAGUACAAUAAAGAAAAGCAACAAUAUCGCUCAGAAACCCAUAAGAGACAGGGUUUUACAUCUGCUGGCACUGAAACCCUAUAAGAAACCAGAGCUCAUUCUGCGAUUGCAAAAGGAUGGCGCAACGCAGCAAGACAAAGAUGCCCUGGAUAGUCUGUUGCAGGAGGUGGCGAAUUUGAAUUCCAAGGAUAAUACAUACACACUUAAAGACUGUAUGUACAAGGAAGUACAGACUGACUGGCCUGGAUACUCCGAAGGCGAUCAACAGCUUCUCAAACGAGUGCUUGCCCGGAAAUUGCAAAUUCCCAGUAGUGUCCCUGGAGAGAUGCCUUCGUCAAGCCCACCAAAAGACAGUGGGAACCUAACGUCUGCAGUUCAGAAACGGCUACUUCCCACUGAAUUUACUGAUCCUUUGGUCAAUAAAAAGCCUAGGAUAUCUCACCUUGCCAGUAGAACUCAACCGACUUUAAAUGGUAAGCUAAAUUCCACCACUGAGAAGGAUGUGCCUAGCCCUGUAGUCCAGUCAUCUGGAGCAGAUACUUUCACUUCCAGCGCUCAUUCUCCUGCCUUGGAUAUGCUUCAGACUCAUGAUCCUCUUUCAGAUGUUAGCAAUGACUCUAGCCACAGCGGUAAAGAUUGCGACAUGCAGGAGCCAAUAGAUAGGCUUGGCCAUCUUCCAGCAAAGGAUUGUUUGCAGGCAAGCGAAGAAAACUCACAUGGCAAGUCCAAGAAAAAAAGUAAAAAGCACAAAGAUAAGGAGAAAAAUAAGGAGAAGAAAAGUGAAGAGAAUCCAAUUUCAAGUCAAGGAAACAGUGACUUAAUAACAUGUGAGGUACACAAGAGCAGUGUUCCAGAGAAAAGCACAGAUUUGAAUGGAACCUGCAAAAACUCCUGUGUCCCAUCAUCUUUAUCAGAAAAGCCUGACUAUUUAUUAAAGUACACAGCAAUUUCAUCCUCAGAACAGCGACAACGUUACAAAAAUGACUUCAAUGCAGAGUAUAGCGAAUACAGAGAUCUGCAUGCAAGGAUAGAGAGAAUAACACACCGGUUCACGCAAUUGGAUUCUGAGCUGAAACAGCUAUCAUCUGGCUCAGAGGAAUAUAAGACUAUUCAUGAUCAAAUCUUGCAAGAGUAUCGAAAAAUUAAAAAGUCUAAUCCAGAGUAUAGUCAAGAGAAGAACCGCUGUGAAUAUCUGCACAACAAACUGGCUCAUAUAAAAAGACUUAUAGCAGAAUAUGACCACCAUCAGAUACAGUCAUGGCGCUAGCAGUUGAAUUCAUUCGGGUAGUGAAGAAAAUGCUCCCGGCUUGCACUGUUUUUCAAUGUUCUCUUAAAGUGCAGGGGGAAAAUUCCCUUUGAGAAACUAGCACUAAAGAAACUGAAGGAAACACUGGGGGAUUUUUCCAGUGGAAACGUCGUGUAGAGCAUGAUGUUUGCAUCUGUGUAUCCUAGAAAGUCAAAGCAGCACCUGGGCAUUUUUUCUCCAGGUUUUCUAAUUCAGAUGCCACAAAGAGAGGAAAAUCCACUAAUUUGAGGCCAGCACUAAGUGAAAGCUUUGGAGAGGCAUUUUGCAUGACUCUGUUAACUGCUAUACAGGAAAAGAGUAUUAGUCUGUGAGGACAGUGACCAAAUACUCACUAACUUUGUUAAUGAUGCAACUGUACUAUUCUGCCAAUGUGUUUCCCCAUAGAAAUGGAAUGUUGCUGCUGCUUUAACCCCUCCUCUUCUAGCAACACUGAUUACCAUGGUCAAGAUUUUUAUGCAAACUCCCAGACUGCUUGUAUUUUCCAUUGGUGAAUUUAACCAGUUGCUCUGGUGCCAAGGAUUAUUUCCAAGUUAAAAGUAUUUGACUGUUCAUUUCAGGCCAUCAUCCCGGGACAGUGGAUUAUUUUGAACUCUUCCUGGUUCUUAGGUUUUAUUAUAACAUUAUUUACUUUAUACAGUUUUGUGGGAAUCCAAAAAUGAUGCACUUCAUCAGCUUAAUCUUUUUUUUUAGCACAAUAGUCCUGUUAGGUUUUGAUAGUCUUGUGGCACCUUAACCCCAGCCCCCACUCUCAAGCACAUGCACAAAUUUUCAGCCUUUUACCAGGACAAAGUAAGCUUUGGGGUGCGUUUUAUAUUCUACAUUUUAUAAACGGGCUUUAGCCAUCUGAAGCUGGUAUAUUUUUGUAAAAAAAAAAGAAAAAAAAAAAAAAGAAAAGAAAAGUGGCAUGAUUUUGAAACACUGUGCCUCUGUUCUCUUUAAGGCUACAGCUUAGGUAAUUUUUAAUGCAGUUAAAUGUCCAGUAUUAAGGCAUUCCUGCAUUCGACUGCUGUGCAAGUAUGAUAAUUUUGCUUGCAGUUAGAUAAAUGGAAAAGUGAAUUCACUUAUCAGAGUUACAGUUUGUUACAGCUGUUGACAAGCUUGUAUACGCUAGCAUUUUUAUUUUGCAUCCUUAGAGUAGGAAAGGUUAACUGAUCAUUUUACAUUUCAGCAGUAGCUGAAUGAAAAUGUGUGCCAUCCCCACCUUUUUGGUUGUCAGGCCGCUGUGCCAUACUUAAAGCAGCUUUAAAAAAAUAUAGCCACUUCAGUUUGUUUCCUAGAGUGAUUUUACAAGGGCAAAGCAGUCAGUAAGACAGUACCAGUAUCUCUAGAGCAUUACUCCCACAACUGGGCGUGCAGAGACGUCUGACAUAAAAAUACCACCACUUCAUAUUACUACACAAAAGUUAGUAGUGAAGAACACCUGUGUGCAGUACUGGUAAUUCAUUAUUAUAGUACGUGAUUAAUUCCUGCUGAAAACCUGUAGGUAUGCAGUAGAAGGCCAUAGUGUCAUUUGAAAAAAUAGCACACAAGGUUUGUCAUUAUGGUAGCAUAUUAAGCUUCUUUGAACCUAUUUAUGGAAGCAAAGCAGUACAGUAUAUGGAGUUUCCCCUUUGGGUAUCUUCCUUUGCUAUUCAGCCAUGGUAUGUUUUGAUGUUUCUAGAGGCCACUACAUCUCCACAUCAAAAGUAAUAUAGCUUAAAGAAAAAAGUGUCUCACCAUUCCCCUGACUGAUGUCUCAUUUUUGAAUUUGCACACAAUUUUGUAAAAUGGAAAUAAUUUAUUUUUGCAUAUCAUGCCUGCACUGAUUUGGGUUUUCUUUCCAGGAGUUUGUCAGGUCACUACAUGACAUCACAGAAUUCUGUGAAAUAUGCAACUUGACUUUGAAACUCGGAAGUGCCUUUAAGAAGGGGGGGUUUUAGAGGUUACAUCUGCUGUUCUUGUUCUCUUAGAAGAGGCAUGCUGUGUUUACUCACUUUUUUAUACAACCCAAUCCCUUUGUGUUUAAAUUUUGCAUUUGCUUCACUUGGGGUGUAUGUAAUUGCAUAAAUAGGAGGUACUUUUUUCUGCAGUAGCUUUAAAUUUGGCACACAUGCCUUGAAACAGGUGCUGUAGAUUAUCAGGAAGGCAAGUGUUCUUCAGAAAGACUGUUAAAAAAUAUCUAAACUUGCUUGUUCCCUUAAUAGUAUUAGCCCUUCUCCUGAGCAUACCUCUCAACUGCCCAAAUUUUUGCCUCAUAUUUUCCGACUUUUCCUCAUGAACUAUCUGGUUUUCUGGAAAAUAACUGAGGACUGAAGUUGCUAAAUAAUGAGACACGUUUAAGUUUCAGACUUCAUAUCCUUCAGAAAAUGCAUGCUAAAACAUAUCCUUCAUUGUACCAAUUUACUAAGUUUAUAAGAGCAGUAUUUAAAGUUUGCCCCUUUUUUUGGGCCUUUGUCCCCCCCCAUUAUUUUAGGCUUUGUCCACAUUUCUUGUGCUAAGAGGUUGAGAGGUAUGCUCCUGGUAUCUCUAGUAUGUUAGGAAUAACAGUAAGUAAAGAACCAGUUGUAUGGUAGAGUCGAUAGUGUGUGUAUUAGUUUUGUCAUCUCAUUUGAGGGACUAUCUUUGGAUGUGCAUUGUAUUCUGCUUCACAGCCAUAAUUUUGCACAUAAACUAAAUGCAUAGCAUAUCCUAGUACAUAGUAGCCACCAAUGUUAUUUCUCUUCCAUUUAAUGCUAGAAUUCCUUUACUGGAUUCACUGAAAUUUUCACCAAAGCACUCAAAGGAUUACAAGUCAGAGUACCUUAUAAAUUUAGCAAGGCAGCAGUCAGACCAGUGACUGGGACUGUUAAACAGCUUUCCAUUGUAGGGGAUAGUAUGUCUUCCCAAGUGCACUUUGCUUAAUAGUAUUAAAUAUAUUUCAGUGCUGGGCAUUAUCUUUUCAGUUUGCAUUUUUGAGCUUAUGACCAGUUUUGUUGGAAGUGAUGUUAGCUACAGAAAGAGCACCUUUUACACCACUUUACAGUUGUCAGAAGUUUAGAAUGCAGAAGAAAUGGUCGACUAGUACACAUUACAUUAUGAAGUGUUAAUACCCUGUAGUAGUCUGUAGUUGAACUCUGUCAGUUGCCUUUAAAAGAAUUAAGUCAAUAUGGAUGCACUCUGGAUGUUUAAGAUACAUAGUAAAAAAGUUGUGAUUCAGAAGUCCCAAAGCUGAACACAGACAAAUCAUCUUGCAUCAAAUCAGAACUGUUAAAUACAUAUCCUUGUAGUGCAUUAUGAAAAUGUGCAAAGGUGUUGAUUGAAUUCACUUCUACCAGUUCAUUAGACAGUAGUAAUUCAUGAUUGAUUAAUAGCCAAUUAGUUUAUAUACCGUGGAUAACAAAAGGUGAUUUUCCACAGUUGAUUUCGUUGUUUGUUCUAGAAGGAAUUUAUUCUUUAUACCUAGCUGAUGUGACGCAUUCAAAGGUGGCUUUUUUCCUUGGAGGGUUAUAAAGUACAACCAAGGAACUUUAGGCAGCCAAAACGUGAGAUAGUCGUGAGAAUUCCUGUAGUCAAGCAUACAAAGUCUCUUAUUCCACCUCCAUUUGCCUGCUGUGUGAUUUUUGUGAAAGUCACUUGACCUGACAGUGCUCCCAGGUUGCCCCUAAAAAGGGAUGCUUCUGGCCAGUUAAUUUACCCAGUUAACAAAUAGUUAAAAUAAAUGUAUAUAUGUAAUGGUCACCUCCAUGGGGCAUACCUUCAGAAUUUGUACUGUUGAGAAACCUUAUAACAGUCAAGGUGUUUGUGCAGCUGUUUGUAAAAUUCCAUUAUGUCAUACCAGCUGUUUGAUCAAUCUGAAGGAUUGUUUGUUAUGCCUUUUUAUAUGAAUCAACGUAAAAGGGUAAAGAAGUAAACAGUUAUGUAUUCUGCACUGUAUAAAGAAAUAACUUUGAGCUGCAA